AUGCCAGGCCGCCCUCGCCCUCGUCUCAGACUGCAGGGAUGGGACCCCCUUCUCCUCCUCUCCCAGAUCAUCAUCCUCCAAACACUACACUACCUCACCCUCGCCCUCCUUCUCCCGCCCCUGCUCUCCCUGCUCACAGACAGCGAGUACCUGCAGUAUCUAGGAGGGAGGGGGACAGUGGGGAUGGUACUCGAUUGGCGGGAGAUGGCGGGGAGGAGAGAAGCAGGGAUGGGGGAGUGGGGCAAUUGGGGAGCUGGGAGGGGGAACCAGGACUGGGCAAGGGCUGUGGAUCCUAGACGAGGGUGGGUCAUUGGUGUGGGAUGGCUCUUGGGAGCUUGUGUGAAUAUCACUUACUUGUACUAUGUUAUCCGCCGUCCGACGUACAUCCUCGACUUCUCCCUCACCCUCAUCUUUGUGCAUAUUCUCAUAACGACCUCCUACUCGCACUCCCUUCCUCUCUCACUCUUCUUCUGGCUCGUUAUGGGUAUAUGCGCAGCCGUGAUGGUCGUCUUUCCGGAACAGCUUUGUGUGCGCAGGGAACUGAGGGAGGGGAUUGGGAGUGUUGCUCAGCAGCAGCAGGACGAGGACCAAGAGAGGAUCGAGUUGGGAAACGUGGGUGCGGUAUCGAUUGAUUGAGUGUGAGGAAUUGGAGGUGUGGAGGGUUGGGCAAGAGAUGUACG